AAGUUAUAUCAUUGUGAAAACGUUAUUCUUAAGUCACUACUAACAAUUAGGUUUAAAUUAAAGCGAUGGCCGAGAGUGAAUCUAAAUAUUCUGAAUUACUGACGAAUGAUUUUGCAAAAUGGUUUUGGGAUGGGACUAACGGAAAUGAGUUAGUCCAACAUCUAAAUUAUUAUGCUCGCCAAAGUGGUUUGUCGGAUCUCAUUCGCCGAGAGAAAAAUCCUCCCGUUGUGUAUGCCAUAGUAGUGAACAAUUAUCAUUUUCCAAAGGACGUUGACCUGAAGUUAGUUAAUGUUGGAUUUACUCAACAGAGUACGAAACAGAAUACUAGGAAUCGAAUGGAGCAAUUAAUAGAGGAAAUUGAGUCGGAGAUUAAAAAAAAGGAAAAAAAAGCACGUGCCUCAACGUUAUUUGCAUUUAAAGUCGCUAGCGUUGACACCACAUCCCUUCACCAGACGGGCGAUCGAAUAAGAAAAAAGUUUGGUUAUCCAGUAAAGAAAGAAAAAGCAGAGAGUCUUAAGCUACCUGUACCUACAAAGUGGGUCCUGACCACCCAGGAACGCAUUGACCGGAUCGUAGGUUUGAAGAAAAAAUUUUAUGCGAGUGAAAGUUUCAAUGAUGUGAUAGAUAUUUUUAAGGAUCCUCUACUGAAACGACGUUUUGAGGUACACGAACAGUAUAAAGGUUGGGUACAAGAUGAAUAGCUAACGAAGAAAACUUAGAAGAGCGAAAAAUGAACUGAAUAAGUAUCAUGAAUGAACAAAUAGACUGUCAGUAAGCGUGGCUCGCUCGCUUGUUUUUAGUCCUUGUCAACGAGUGGAUAAUGAAAGUCGUACAAACGAACCAACCAAAGUAAUCUUUUUAUUAAACGACAUUGCAUUUUAGAUUAUAGUGAACUUAGUCGGUGAAGUGAUGGACACAAUUCAUGUGUUUUAUUUCUUUUUUCUGUCGUGUGGAAGCGUAAUAAACUUGCUAAAUUG